CUUUGUAUUUGUUUUCUACGUUCAAGGAAAGGAAAAAAAUAACUAUUAAAUAGAUUGAGAGAAACACCCUCCUUCGUGUGAAAUUCUAGGGCUUCCUUUCUGAAGAAGAAUUAGGGUUUCACUCACAAUCAUAAAAUCGAUCGAUUAUUCUGAACAUUCAGCGUGUUUGAAAUUCUUGAUUAAAGAUGUUUGGAAGAGCGCCCAAGAAAAGUGAUAACACAAAGUACUAUGAGGUACUUGGAGUACCAAAGACUGCUUCUCCUGAAGAUUUGAAGAAGGCUUACAGAAAGGCUGCCAUUAAGAAUCAUCCUGAUAAGGGUGGAGAUCCAGAAAAGUUCAAGGAGUUGGCCCAGGCUUAUGAGGUUUUGAGUGAUCCAGAGAAACGUGAAAUUUAUGAUCAGUAUGGUGAGGAUGCGCUCAAGGAAGGAAUGGGAGGAGGUGGUGGUGGCCACGACCCCUUUGACAUCUUCUCAUCUUUCUUUGGAGGAGGAAGCCCAUUUGGAGGUGGUGGCAGCAGCAGAGGAAGGAGGCAGAGGAGGGGAGAAGAUGUUAUGCAUUCUCUUAAGGUGUCUCUGGAGGAUCUUUACAGUGGAACAUCAAAGAAACUGUCCCUCUCUCGCAAUGUCAUCUGCUCCAAGUGCACUGGAAAGGGUUCGAAAUCUGGUGCUUCAAUGAAAUGUUCUGGUUGCCAAGGUUCUGGCAUGAAAGUUUCUAUCAGGCACCUAGGUCCCUCUAUGAUCCAGCAGAUGCAACAUCCUUGUAAUGAGUGUAAGGGUACUGGAGAGACCAUCAGCGAUAAGGAUCGCUGCCCUCAAUGCAAAGGUGAGAAGGUUGCCCAGGAGAAGAAGGUGUUGGAAGUGCAUGUUGAGAAGGGAAUGCAGAAUGGACAGAAGAUUACCUUCCCUGGAGAGGCCGAUGAAGCGCCAGAAACUGUCACUGGGGAUAUAGUUUUUGUCUUGGCUCAGAAAGAUCAUCCCAAGUUUAAGCGAAAGGGUGAUGAUUUGUUUGUGGAGCACACAUUGUCCCUGACUGAAGCCCUCUGUGGAUUUCAGUUUGCACUGACCCAUCUUGAUGGUAGGCAGCUCCUCAUCAAGACCAACCCUGGGGAAGUAGUUAAGCCUGAUUCAUUCAAGGCAGUAAAUGAUGAAGGGAUGCCCAUGUAUCAGAGACCAUUCAUGAGGGGUAAAUUAUAUAUCCACUUUACUGUUGAUUUUCCAGACUCUUUGACAGCUGAGCAGUGCAAAGCCUUGGAAGGAGUGCUCCCUCCGAGAACAUCAUCGCAAUUGACAGACAUGGAAGUUGAUGAGUGCGAGGAGACCACUCUUCAUGAUGUGAACAUUGAGGAAGAAAUGAGGAGGAAACAAGCUCAAGCUCAGGAGGCAUAUGAUGAAGAUGAUGACAUGCAUGCUGGCGGUGCUCAAAGGGUUCAGUGUGCCCAGCAGUAAGCCCAGUGAAGAAGAAAUAACAAUUGAAAACAGCAUUCUAGUAGUAUUCAAUGUAGUAUGUUGGACACUAAGAUUUGUAACUAUGCAAACUUGUCUUGAGUUUUUUUUGGCACCCUUUUGUCUUCCGACAGUUUUUCCUUUACUUUUAUAAUAUGAAAUCGAGUUGUGGAUGGGUUCUCUCUUAAAUAA